GGCUCAGAGUACAGAGAUUACAGACAUACCAACAGCGCGUGAGUUGGUGUGCCGGUCCACGGCCCUACAAGCCGAAAGAGGUCGAGGCCGAAGUUCAGUUGGCCGCGCUGGUCACUGCAUGACCAAGCUGGCAGAACCCGAACAUUGGCCGGUAGUGCAGCCCUGUGCGAACAUGAUGCCAGUCGGAAUGGUCUAUGUUCCGGGCAUGACGAGUCCAGGCCAAGUGCUGUUGAAUGCCGAUUGCUUGAAUGUCUCCAAUGACUCCACUUGGUGGAACACCUCAAACCAGACGAUACCAGUCCCGAUAGCAGUGCAGAGCCAAGCCAUGGGCCAUGCCGUGGGCGUGCCCGGUCUGCAGAUGCUGCAGAUGCAGCAGGUGCAGCAGAUGCAGCAGGUGCAGCAGGUGCAGCAGAUGCAGCAGUUGCAGAUGCAGCACGUGCAGAUCCCACCAAAUCUGUUGCAGGGAAUGCACCCAAUCCCUUCCCUUGCGCAACAACAGAACUUGCUGCAUCAGACCCAAAUGCAAGAUGCUCGGCAACAGCAGCAGCAAGGUUCCAUGCAGCCUCAACACCAAUCUACAAUGCAGCAAACGCCAGGAUCCACACAACUGCAGCAGGCGCGACAGUCGCAGCUGCAGGCACAACAGGAACUGCAGGCAUUUCUUCACCAAUUGCAACAGGUGCCACCGGUGCAACAGGUGCCAAAGGUGCAACAGGACCAGGUAGCUGUCCCCAUGCAACUUCCAUUGCAACCACUUCAACAGAAUCAACUCCCCCCCACGCUCGAUGAGAAGGAGCCCGAGCAGAAGACCGAGCCUCAACUCGUCCGUCGGAAGCUGUUGACCAACCAAAGCCUCCUGCGGCCACGAGCUGCACAGGCGACCCAGCGAUCCGCGGCCCAAGAGGAAGCGAAACAGGAACGAGCAGAAGCGGCUCAAGCAGCGCUCAGAUCGAACUGGGAAGGUGAAGAAACUGAGCAGGCAAAGCCCCGUGUCCCGCGGCGACGGAACAAGGAACCCGAGAGCACUCGAUACUGGAUGUUACGGAACCUCUUCGAACAAGGAGGCUCAGAGGCACAAGAAGGAUUUGCACAGAUCAAGGGAAACAUGGUGCACCUCGCAAUGGAGUGCGAAGUCUCCAGCCGAGCAGUUCAGAUGGCCUUACAGGUGGCGAAUCCAAAGAUGGCGGCGGAUCUGGCGAUGGAGUUCAAGGGACAUAUCUACGAGGUCUCCACUUCUCUGCAUGGGAACCACGUGCUGCAGCGCAUCAUCGAGAUUUUGCCGUCCUCCAAGACGCAGUUCAUCGCUGAAGCGAUCACACCAAGAGCUGAUGAGGUGGCGCGCAAUGUCUUCGGCUGCCGCAUCUUCUGCCGUCUCCUGGAACAAGGGAACGAGGAGGCCACAUGGGAGCUCAUCCAGAAGGUGCUGGGCCGCGCGGAGGACCUGGUGCAACACCAGUUCGGCCGCUUCGUGGCACAGGCCAUACUAGAACACGGGACCGAGCAGCACAGGCAUGUCUUAGCCGUUGCCGUGGGCCCUCGCGUGAGGUCUUUGGCACAGCACAGGAAUGCGAGCCACAUCGUGGAGAAGGCUCUCAUCUACUGCCAACCAGAGCAGAGGCAGUACUUGGCGGCCGAGCUACUCCAACAGGCCCGUUCAGAGCAAGACCCGACACCUGGAGGGGUGGAGGCCUUAGCGCGCACACAGCAUGGCGGAUUUGUCGUGAAAGCUCUGCUAAACAUGGGUGGCGACAUCGAACAAGAGGUUCGACGGCAACUGCAACACCUUCGACUGAACUUCAAUGACAAGCAGGGCCUCUUUCAGACCAAGUUUGUUGAACGGCUCCUGAAGGAGCUGAAUUAUCUCCCAAAAGAGGAGAGAUCAGUCACCGCGGAUGUGCCAAAUCGCCGUCACCGUGGGGGACGAGGAAAUCCCAUUCGAGGACGUGAGGACGUGAGGACGUGAGAUAGCAUUUGACGUGUUCUUUGCCAUUUGCUUGCUCUUUUUGCCGAUGUCGAUUGGACACAAACAUCUAAGACAUUCUGAGACGAGUGAACCGAUAUUCAUUGCAGAAGCCGACGCUGUGAGCGUGUGCGUUUUUUUUUGCAGCGUCUCCUGAGUGCAUUCUUCUCUAUUCUUGGUAGGAGGG